UACGGGUUCAAUUCAAGCUCGCUGCUACAGAUCGAAGCUGCUGCGUGCCGGGGCUAGCGCCAGAGAUCGCCGGCGCAGCGAAGAUUUUUGGUCCGCGGGGUGGGGAAGUGCGACGCGGAUCUCGACGCGACUUCGACUCGGACGGCCACGACGACAGCAAGCGAUCAGUUCUCCGCUUCAAGCAAGGCCUCAAGAUUCCCCGCUUAGCGGCUCCGACGCCCUUUUGCCAGCACACUCUUUCACGGCUUCGGAUAUCGACAAGACACCGGCCCACACCUCGUCCUCGAGUGCACAUUCCCUUCGGUCCAUCUGAACGUUCAAGUUCGCGAUGCGCGCUUCUACCCUCUUCUUUGCGGUGUCUGCGAUCUUGCUCGCCCCGCAUGCGGCUGGCUCUCCCGCCCUCGUCAAACGUCAGGAGUCCAUCACCGCGGUAGCGACCGCAACGGCGACGUCGAUCGUGACGGAGACUACCUCCCCCUCGGUGACAGAGACCACGGUCUCGCAGACCACGGUGGUGUCGAUUACAGACUCGGCGCCCUCCUCGAGCGAGCAGGCGACUACAAGCAGCGAGACGAGCCCGCCUGCGGAGACCUCGAGCACGGAGAGCGCUCAGUCGACGGAAAGCUCUAGCGCGGAAAGCUCAGCGAGCGACAGUAGCAGCACCGCCGAAACUACUUCCACGGACUCCGCGUCGUCGACGGAGAGCAGCAGCUCGUCGAGCGUUGCCCAGACUACCUCCGCUACUUCUUCCGCUGUCCUCGCCAGCGACUCCGCAGCCGCCUCCACCGUCUCGCACACUGGCGUGCCGUCCAGCUUGGUCGCGCCGUCUCGCAUUACCUCUACGCGCACCACGUCGGCGAGGUCGACUGCGACGGGUGAUUCGAAUGGCGCGCGGGCGAUGAUGAGCGUUGGCGGAAGCCCCAUCUUCGCCGUAGCCGCGGGCUUCGGCGCCGCGAUGCUUGUCCUCUAAAGGCGAUUUUUCAUAGUACACAGUCGCCCGCAAGGUUGCGGAGCGAAGGAGAGUGCGGAUGAGAGAAUGCAGCUUAUUAGCGGGGAGGCGAUGUGAGUGCAGACUACCGCGUGCACAGACUACCUUCUGAGUCCAUACCCACCAGUACGUCUUGUACAUAUACUAUCGAACAUAAUGGUGUUGUGUGUGCU